AUGGACAAUGCAAAUGGCACCACUUCCUGUAUCCAAAACUCACAUUCUUCUUCCGUUAUUGCGAGCCCUGACGCAACCUUAGGGCGCCAUUUAGCCCGAAGGUUAGUUGAAAUUGGCGUUGAGGAUGUUUUCUCAGUGCCUGGUGAUUUCAACCUCACACUUCUUGAUCACCUAAUUGCUGAGCCAAGGCUGAAGAAUGUUGGUUGUUGCAAUGAGCUUAAUGCUGGAUAUGCUGCUGACGGGUACGCGAGGUCUCGGGGUGUUGGUGCGUGUGUUGUCACGUUCACUGUGGGUGGUCUUAGUGUGAUUAAUGCAAUUGCUGGUGCUUAUAGUGAGAACCUCCCUAUUAUCUGCAUUGUUGGAGGUCCUAAUACUAAUGACUAUGGAACUAAUAGAAUUCUGCAUCAUACUAUUGGAUUGCCUGAUUUCAGCCAAGAACUUAGGUGUUUUCAGACUGUUACAUGUUAUCAGGCUGUGAUAAAUAACUUGGAGGAUGCACUUGAACAAAUUGAUAGAGCAAUUUCUACUGCUCUAAUAGAAAGAAAGCCAGUAUAUAUUAGUAUCAGUUGCAAUUUGCCAGCCACCCCUCAUCCAACUUUCAGCAGGGAUCCUAUUCCAUUUUUUCUAUCACCUAGGCUAAGUAGCAAGAAGGGGUUGGAAGCUGCAGUGGAUGCAGCAGUGGCCUUUCUAAGCAAGGCAGUAAAACCAGUCAUGAUUGGAGGGCCAAAGCUAAGAGUAGCUAAAGCUUGUGAUGCUUUUGCUGAACUUGCUGAUUCUUCUGGUUAUGCCAUGGCAAUGAUGCCAUCAGCAAAAGGGCUAGUGGCAGAAAAACACCCUCACUUCAUUGGCACUUACUGGGGUGCGGUAGGCACAUCCUAUUGUGCGGAAAUUGUUGAAUCAGCUGAUGCUUACUUGUUUGCUGGUCCGGUUUUUAAUGACUAUAGCUCUGUUGGGUACUCGCUUUUGAUCAAGAGAGAAAAGGCAUUAAUCGUGCAGCCUGAUAGAGUUGUAAUUGGAAAUGGACCAGCAUUUGGUUGUGUCCUAAUGAAAGAUUUCCUAUCUGAACUAGCAAAGAAAGUAAAGAAAAACGAAACUGCUUAUGAUAACUAUCGUCGGAUCUUUGUUCCUGAAGGAACUCCUCCAAAGCCGGAGCCUAACGAACCUCUAAGAGUCAAUGUUCUGUUCCAACAUGUACAGAAGAUGCUUUCAGCUGAUACAGCUGUGAUUGCUGAGACAGGGGAUUCUUGGUUCAAUUGCCAGAAGCUUAAGUUACCAGAAGGAUGUGGGUAUCAAUUCCAGAUGCAAUAUGGCUCCAUUGGUUGGUCUGUUGGUGCUACCUUGGGCUAUGCACAAUCUGUACCCAAAAAACGUGUCAUAUCUUUCAUCGGUGAUGGAAGUUUUCAGGUUACUGCACAAGACGUGUCAACAAUGAUUCGUCAUGACCAAAAGACUAUCAUUUUCUUGAUUAAUAAUGGCGGUUACACCAUUGAGGUUGAAAUCCAUGAUGGGCCUUAUAAUGUGAUCAAGAACUGGAACUACACUGGUUUGGUAGAUGCACUUCACAAUGGUGAAGGCAAUUGCUGGACCCAGAAGGUAAGGACGGAAGAGGAGCUGAUUGAAGCAAUUGCAACUGCAACUGGAGAGAAGAAACAUUGUUUAUGUUUCAUUGAAGUUAUUGUUCACAGGGAUGAUACUAGCAAAGAGUUACUUGAAUGGGGAUCUAGAGUCUGUUCUGCCAAUGGACGUCCACCAAACCCUCAAUGAGUCUGCUAGAUUAG